CCGGCGUGCCUCUAUGGUUCUUCCUGUCUUUAGUCGGGAGGCGGCGCUGUGCGCAGGCGCGUGGUGACGCCGCGGCAGGGCCGGAAGGAGUGCAGCGGCUGCCUCAGCUGUGGCGACGGAGCUCACAGCUGCCGCUUCUGAGGAAUAAGCGCCGCGGCAGCGAAGGCCGCCGAGCCCGCCUGACUAGCCGGGGAGUUGAGUGGCGAACCUUUUGAAGCAGAUGGUCACCAUGUUUAGAUACUAGCAGUUGCAUAUGUGCAUGUCUGCAUUUGAAAAUGGCAGAGGGAAACAACAAUGAAGAGGUAAUUCACUUGAACAACUUUCACUGCCAUCGGGGACAAGAGUGGAUCAAUCUCAGAGAUGGGCCCAUCACCAUAUCUGACUCCUCAGAUGAGGAAGGGAUUCCAAUGCUGGUCACCCCAGCUCCUCAGCAACAUGAAGAAGAGGACCUGGAUGAUGAUGUCAUCCUGACAGAAACCUUUUGAAGCAGAUGGUCACCAUGUUUAGAUACUAGCAGUUGCAUAUGUGCAUGUCUGCAUUUGAAAAUGGCAGAAGGAAACAACAAUGAAGAGGUAAUUCACUUGAACAACUUUCACUGCCAUCGGGGACAAGAGUGGAUCAAUCUCAGAGAUGGGCCCAUCACCAUAUCUGACUCCUCAGAUGAGGAAGGGAUUCCAAUGCUGGUCACCCCAGCUCCUCAGCAACAUGAAGAAGAGGACCUGGAUGAUGAUGUCAUCCUGACAGAAACACAUAAACCUCAGACAUCACGACCCAAUCUCAUCAAACCAGCUGCCCAGUGGCAAGAUCUGAAAAGAUUGGGAGAAGAAAGGCCUAAAAAGUCUAGAGCAGCAUUUGAAUCAGAUAAAAGCCGCUAUUUUUCAGUGUAUAACAACCCAUUGUUUGAUUCUGGGGCACAGGAUGAUUCUGAGGAUGACUACGGUGAAUUUCUGGAUCUUGGGCCUCCUGGAGUCUCUGAAUUCACUAAGCCAAGUGUCCAAACAGAUAGAGAACCCAAUCCUGGACCGAGUCGUAACCAAGCAGCAAAUGACAUUGUCAGCCCCAGAUCAGAGCAGAAAGUAGUCAUCUUGGAAGAAGGUAGCCUUCUUUACACAGAAAGCGAUACUUUGGAAACUCAGAACCAGUCAUCCGAAGACUCAGAAACAGAGCUGUUAUCAAAUCUGGGAGAGUCAUCUGCUCUGGCAGAUGAUCAGGCCAUCGAAGAAGACUGCUGGCUAGAUCAUCCUUACUUCCAGUCUCUGAACCAACAGCCCCGUGAGAUAACAAACCAGGUUGUUCCUCAGAAACGGCAGCCUGAAGCAGAGUUGGCCCGCUUGUUGUUUCAACAUGAAUUCCCCGGGCCAGCUUUUCCAAGGCCAGAACCCCAGCAAGGUGGGAUUUCAGGCCCCUCUUCUCCUCAGCCUGCCCAUCCUCUAGGAGAGUUUGAAGACCAACAGUUAGCAAUUGAUGAUGAAGAGGCAGGUCCAGCCUUUCCAAUGCAAGAAUCUCAAGAGCCGAAUUUGGAAAACAUCUGGGGCCAAGAGGCUACAGAGGUAGAUCAAGAACUUGUUGCACUAUUAGUGAAGGAAACGGAAGCAAGAUUUCCAGAUGUAGCAAAUGGGUUUAUUGAGGAGAUAAUUCAUUUGAAGAAUUAUUAUGAUCUGAACGUACUUUGUAAUUUUCUUCUGGAAAAUCCAGAUUAUCCAAAGAGAGAAGAUAGAAUCAUUAUAAAUCCCAGUAGCAGUCUGCUGGCCAGCCAAGAUGAGACAAAGUUGCCUAAAAUAGACUUUUUUGACUAUUCUAAGUUGACUCCUCUAGACCAGCGCUGCUUCAUCCAAGCUGCUGACCUCCUCAUGGCCGACUUCAAAAUGCUCAGUAGUCAGGACAUUAAGUGGGCCCUGCACGAGCUUAAAGGACACUAUGCCAUCACCCGAAAGGCCUUUUCCGAUGCCAUUAAAAAAUGGCAGGAGCUAUCACCAGAAACCAGUGGAAAAAGGAAGAAGAGAAAAGAAAUGAAUCAGUAUUCUUACAUCGAUUUCAAGUUUGAACAAGGUGACAUAAAAAUAGAAAAGAGGAUGUUCUUUCUGGAAAAUAAGCGGCGACAUUGUAGGUCCUAUGACCGGCGUGCUCUUCUUCCAGCUGUGCAACAAGAGCAGGAGUUCUAUGAGCAGAAAAUCAAAGAGAUGGCAGAGAUAGGAAGAUGUGCUCUGGUCUUGGGAUGUGUUUCUGGGAUUCUAGUCUGCUCUCAGGGUUUAGUUAGUACAAAACUGUCUUUUAAGAUUUCCCUUUUCUUUAGAGAGUGAUUAACUUGGAUAUAUAACAACAUUUUUUAAAUUAAAAAAAAUACUGGGUUUUGUCAUAAUACUUAUGUUUGUGGUUUCAUAAAUCAGAUUUAUGUUAGAAAAUAGAAAAUUUUAAUUGUAGCUUUGUGUAUCUCUUUCACCUCCUCCCUCAACCUCUAAUGGAGAAAAACCAGAAAGAGAUUCCAUUUCUCUCUUAAAUUUUUCUAAAUAUAGGAUCAAAUGUGCAAGUCAGCUGGAAUGUAUAUAUUGGUUGUUUAAUAAGUAUCUUCUAGACCAGUGGCUCUCAAAGUGUGACCCAGAGAUCCCUGGGUUCCUCAAGACUCUUGGAGGUCUGGGAGGUCAAACCUCUCUUAACUAUGCAAGACAUUACAGUGACCCUUAAACAACAUGAGGGUUAGGAGUGCUAUCCCCCUGUGCAGUUGAAAGUCUGCAUAUAUUGUUUGACUGCCCCAAAACUUAACUUCGAACAGCCUACUGUUGACAGGAAGCCUUACCCAUAUAACAGUCAAUGAACAUACUUGGUAUGUUUUGUGUAUUACAGGCUGUAUUCUUACAUUAAGAUAAGCUAGAGAAAAAAACGUUAUUAGGAAAAUAUACUUACUGUUCAUUAAAUGGAAGAGUGGAUCAGCAUGAGAAGGUCUUUAUCCUCAUGGUCUUCACGUUGAGAAGGCUGAGAAGGAGGGGUAUGUUGGUUUUGCUGUCUCAGGGUGGCAGAAGCAGAAGAAAAUCAGCACAUAAGUGGGUCCCCGUAGUUCACACCUGUGUUGAUCAAGGAAAACUAUUUGCUUUUUCUCCGUAUUGAAUCUGUACCAGCAGAACAAAAGCAGUUUUCCCUUGGUGUGUAUCAGUCCAGUGGCACAGAGCCAUCCUCAUAAUCAGUUUUCUUCACCACCAUGCUCUUACAUUUUUAAGACAUACCAGUUUCACCUAAAAAUGUCUUUGAUAGGCCAGGCAGGGUAGCUCACACCUAUAAGGUCCCAGGCAUGCUUUGGGAGGCCGAGGAGCGCAGAUCACGAGGUCAGGAGUUUAAGACCAGUCUGGCCACCAUGGUGAAACCCCGUUUAUACCAAAAAUACAAAAAAAUUAGGAGGACGCCUGUAAUCCCAGGUACUCAGGAGGCUGACGUACAAGAAUCGCUGAACUUGGGAGGCAGAGGUUGCAGUGAGUCGUGAUCAGGCCACAGCAGUCUAGCCGGGGUGGCAGAGCAAGACUCCGUCUUUGGGGGGAAAAAUGUCUUUGAUAAAGCAGUAAAAAUUAUUUUACCCAAUUUUGACCCUUGAAAACAUCUUUUUAAUAUUCUAUGUAAUAAAAUGAAAUGCUUCUGCCACAUUCCAGGAUAUGAAGCUUGUCUUAUAUCCAAGUACGGAAAAGUGCUUGUGCAACUGAGCCACAAAGCAGCUGCAUUGGCCACUUUUUACUUGGAAAAAAGUGACUGACAGCAAAACUAUGAUUAUUCAAAAUUAGGUAUUUGGCAGGCAUUUUCUCAAAAAUGAAGUGAUCAUUUUUGACCAAAAUUCUAGAUUUUUAAGCCGAAAUUAGAAUUUUUUUCUUAUUUUCAUUCAUCUGUUACAGAAUCACAUUUAUUAAUAUCACAUAUCUUAUCAGAUAAGUACUUAAAGUAUUGGCAGAUCAAUGGAUGUAUUUUAAUUGAUUGUAGUCAUUUAUUUUUGGUGAUGUUCACAUUGUCCCAUCUCUGGUUAGUGGCUACCCCUUCAAGUUGGUCUCUCUUUACCUGACCCCAGUAGUCUCUGACAACAUCCUUGCCUUUGGGCACAGCAAGGUGACCUUGUUUCAACUUCUGCUUUCUCUGACCUGGACUCAACAAUUUCUCCAAAGUGCCGCCUUUGCAUUUUUUUCCUUUUCUCUUUUGACAGAGGAUCCCCAUGUGUCACCCAGGCUUGAGUGCAAUGACGAAAUCAUGGCUUAUUGCCUCAACCUCCUGGGUUCAAGCAAUCCUUCCACCUCAGCCUCUUGAGUAGCUGGGACUACAGGUGUGUGCCACCACACCUGGCUAACUUUUUUGUAUUUUUUUGUAGAGCCUGGGUUUCCCCAUGUUGUCCAGGCUGGUCUUGAACUUUUGGCCUCAAGCUGUCCUCAGCAUCGGCCUCCAAAGUGUUGGGGUUACAGGCAUGCACCACCAUGCCCUGCCAAAUUUAUUUUCUUUUCUCUAUGCUAAAAAUCUUGGUUCUUAAUAACAUGAAUAACAUUCUUGUCAGAUUAUAUCUGAGAAUAUAAAAUUAAAAUAUUUUAAAGUCACUUGAAAUAAGUCUUGGUGCUUAUGCCAUUAACUUGAUAAACAAGUUUCUGGCCAGGCACGGUGGCUCACGCAUGUAAUCCCAGAACCUUGGGAGCCCAAGGCAGGUGAUCACUUGAGACCGGGAGUUCAAGAUUAGCCUAACCAAUAUGGCUAGGGGUGCAGGUAUCUUGGCCCUGGCAUCUUGAAAUGUAUUAUUUCAGAGUCACGCCUUUGAUGACCUUGGCAGUGGACCAGAGUAAUUUGUUAAGGCCUUUUCACAGCCCACAUUAGUGCCAGAAUUUCUGCCCUACAUUUGAUUUUCUUAUUAUUGGCAUUGACAAGGCCCCCUUUUCCAGAUAGCCCCAUGGGCCUGGACCACAGAGAUUGCAUCUUGUGAGUCUGUAGAAACAGUCAAGACCUUGGCCUGUCUUAGGUCCAGGGCUCAGGUUCAUGCAGAUUUUCCUGGUCGUCUGUGCUUGAAGUCCCUGUAAGAGGCUCUGGGUUGGUUUCCUGUAGGUAGAGAGCUUCACGUCCUGCCCUUCACUGGCCUCUUUUCAUGAAGUUUCUAUCAUCUAGACCAUGGCUUCCUUUUCUUCUUCAACCACAUGUCUGUUAUUGAAACUCUGGAAGUAAGUCAGGGGUGAUGGCUCAUGCCUUUAAUCCCAGCACUUUGAGAGGCCAAGGUAGGCGGACUACCUGAAGUCAGGAGUUCAAGACCACGCUGGCCAAGAUGGUGAAACCCUACCUCUAUGAAAAAUACAAAAAUUAGCUGGGCAUGGUGGCAGUCACCUGUAAUCCCAGCUACUUGGGGGGCUGAGGCAGGAGAAUCACUUGAACCCAGGAGGCUGAGGUUGCCAGGAGCCAAGAUUGCAUCACUACACUCCAGCCUGGUGACAGAGCAAGACUCCAACUCAAAAAUAAACAAAGGGAGAAAUACAUAAAUUUCUCC